UCAUCAUAAACCAGAAAAGCUGCCAAACCUAUUUUCCCCCUUCGAACCCUAAACGGCCCGGCUCAAAUUUCCCCAGACAUUGCAUCUCCUCCUCCGAUUCUCUCCGCCUUUCCUCCGGUUUCGUCUUCUCCUCCUGAUUCCACCUUCCUAUUCUCCAGAACCGAAGUAAUUGUACCGGAAUCUCGCCUCUUUUUCCCGAAACCGAUUCUCCGUAACCGGCCACAACCUGCAAACCAGAAAAAAAAAAAAAAGGCUUAACCAAUGGAACCGGAGUUGGAACCUGUAGCUCUUACACCUCAGAAGCAAGACAAUGCGUGGAAGCACUGUGAAAUCUACAAAUACGGCGACCGGCUCCAGAUGAGGUGCCUCUACUGUCGCAAAAUGUUCAAAGGCGGCGGUAUCACGAGGGUCAAGGAGCAUCUCGCUGGCAUCAAGGGACAAGGCGUGAUCUGUGACCAAGUCCCGGAAGAUGUUAGGCUCUUCUUGCGACAGUGCAUCGAAGGAACCGUGAGACGUCAGAGGAAGAGACGCCAUUCCACCUCAGCUGAGCCUGAGUCUUUGCCUUUGCCUGCUUUGCCUCCUUGUGAAGCUGAGCCGAUGAUGAUGGUGGUUCAGUCUGAUGUCAACAACGGUUUCACCUCGCCGGAGAGUACUGAUGUAGUCGUGCAAAACGAGGGCAGAACGAAGCAGAGGCCCUACAGGAGAAAGAAGGCUGCUUUUCUAGAGAAUGGCAGUUCGAGCAACAACAAUGGCUUGAUUGGUACAGACAUGGACACCAAUUUGGUCCCCGUGGCGAUUAGCAGCGUGAAGAACAUUGUGCACCCAGCUUCUAAAGAUAGGGAGAACGCCGUUCACAUGGCGGUUGGACGGUUUCUGUUUGGUAUCGGAGCUGAUUUCGAUGCGGUGAACUCUGCUAAUCUCCAGCCGAUGAUCGAUGCCAUUGCCUCUGGAGGAUACGGAGUGUCUGCACCAACGCACGAUGACCUUCGAGGUUGGAUACUGAAGAGUUGUGUAGAGGAAACAACUAGAGAAGUUGAAGAUUGCAAAGCGAUGUGGAAGAGGACAGGCUGUUCCGUUCUGGUCGAGGAGUUGAGCUCUGAUCAUAAGGGCCUUAAAGUCCUUAACUUUUUGGUUUACUGUCCUGAAAAGACGGUCUUCCUGAGAUCCGUGGACGCGUCUGAGAUAUUAUCUUGUCCUGAUAAGUUGUUUGAGCUGCUAAGGGACGUGGUUGAAGAAGUUGGCAGUACACAUGUCGUUCAAGUGAUUACAAAGUCCGAUGAUCACUACGCUGCUGCUGGGAAGAAGCUGAUGGGCGAGUAUGGAUCUCUGUAUUGGGUUCCUUGCGCUGCACAUUGCUUAGAUAACAUGCUGGACGAGUUCGGGAAGCUUGGCUGGAUAAGCGAAACUAUCGAACGUGCUCGAGCCAUCACAAGAUUCAUAUACAACCGUAGUGAUGUUUUGAAUAUGAUGUUGAAGUUCACUUGCGGCAAUGAUAUAGUGGACCCAUUUUUCAGCGCUUCCGCCACUUGUUUCGCUACGUUGGGUAGAAUAGCUGAGCUCAAGUCCAACCUGCAGGCUAUGGUUACUUCACCAGAGUGGAAUGAAAGCGUGUAUUUGAAAGAAGCAAGCGGAUUGGCUAUGACUGCUACCAUCGAUGAUGAAGCCUUCUGGAAGGCGGUAGCUAUGGUGAACGAUUUGGUGGGUCCUCUUCUGCGGGUUUUGAAAAUAGCUUGCUCUGAGAAGAGGCCUGGGAUGGGGUAUGUCUACGCAGCACUGUACCGAGCGAAGGAAGCGAUCAAGAGAGAUCUGGUUAACAAGGAGGAUUACAUGGUGUACUGGAGGACUAUAGAUCAGUGGUGGGAGCAGCAACAACAUGUUCAGUUGUAUGGUGCUGGUUUCUUUCUCAACCCCAAGUUCUUCUACACCGCCAGUGAAGAGAUGCGUGGCGAGAUGGUUCAGUUUCUGGUCGACUGCAUCGAGAGGUUGGUUCCUGAUAAGGAUAUUCAAGAUAAGUUCAGCAAAGAGUUGAACUCUUACAAGAAUGCUCUUGGAGUUUUUGGAAGGAACUUGGCUAUCAGAGCUAGGGACACAAUGCUUCCUGCUGAGUGGUGGUCUACAUAUGGAGAAAGCUGCUUGAACCUCUCACGUUUUGCGAUACGCAUUCUCAGUCAGACGUGUAGCUCAUCAGUUGGAUGCAGGAGAAACCUGAUACCGGUCGAGCAAAUAUACCAGUCAAAGAACUCCAUUGAGCAAAAACGGCUCAGUGAUCUUGUGUUUGUUCAGUACAACAUGCGCCUCAAACAACUGGAAUCUGAAAGCGGAGAUGAGACAUUAGACCCGUUAUCACACAGCAGGAUGGAUGUUCUUAAAGAAUGGGUUUCGAGAGACGAAGCUUGUGUUGAGGAAAAUGGAAGCUCGGACUGGAAGUCACUCGAGUCUGUUAAGAGGUCGCUUGUACCAGUGAUGGAUGAAACUGAUAACUUGGGAUCAGGUUUCGAUGAUCCAGAGAUAUUCAAGGUAGAAAAAGAAGUGAGAGAUGAAGGCUACUUCACAAACACAUCAGAGAAGGCAUUCACGUGACCUCCCUCUUAAGACUUGAUUAUGGUUGGUUUAAGCCUCUUGUCGUCUCUUUGUAACUUUACCUCAGAAGAAGGUGUUUGUAGUCCUAGUUGUACUUUCAAAGUCUUUAUCAUUGGGAACAUUCAUUGUCCUAUUAUUAUCUGGUUUCAUAGAAUUUGGGUGUUAUUCUCUGUUUCUGUCCAAGAUUUUUAAAUUGUUUGACAAAAU